GAGAUCAUGCAGCAGGAGAUCAGGCCCCUGCUUGCUGUCGACAUCAUAGAGCAGCUGCAUCGGCAGUUUGCCCUGCUCUCAGGAGGAAGAGGGAAAGAUGGCGCCCCCAUCAUCACCUUCCCUGAAUACUCAGGCUUCGGCGACCUCCUAGACGAGGACUUCCAGAAUGUUGUCACAUAUCUGACUAGCAUCCCCAGUUUGGACGCUGCCAGCAUCGGUUUCGUUAUAAUCAUCGACCGCAGGCGGGACAAAUGGAGCUCGGUGAAGGCCUCGCUGACGCGGAUAGCGGGGGCAUUUCCAGGGAACCUCCAGCUGGUGUUGGUGCUGAGGCCCUCCCGUUUCUUCCAGAGGGCCAUCGCUGACAUAGGCAUUAAGCUGCACCGGGAUGACUUUAAAAUGAAGGUACCGAUUGUGAUGCUGAACUCCCUGUCUGACUUACAUGGCUACGUAGAUAAGGGCCAGCUAACAUGUGAGCUUGGUGGGAACCUGGAGUACUGUCACAGUCAGUGGAUCCACCACCGGACAGCCAUUGAGAACUUUGCUGUGACAGUGAAGACCACAGCCCAAAUGCUGCAGAAGUUUGGCACAGAUCUGGCCGAGACAGAGCUGCCUAAUGACGUGCAGUACACCAAAGACCUGCUAACUACUCACACUGAGAAGCAUGACAAACUAAAGGAUGAACUGAAAUUAGCGGUGCAACAGGGGACUACUCUGCUGGGCUGUAUCAAAGAGCAGGCCGCGAAGUCUGAGAACCACAAACUAAACCCAGACGAGAUGGAGAACCAGACUACAGUGGAAAGGUUGUUGGCCCAGCUGGAUGAGACAGAAAAUGCUUUUCAACAGUUCUGGUCCAAACAUCACCUCAAACUGGAGCAGUGCCUGCAGUUACGCCAUUUUGAACAUGACUUCCGAGAGGUGAAAGUGUCAUUGGACAGUCUGAUGGACACUCUGACUUUCCUGUCAGAUAUUGGGGACUGUGUCACCCGAGUGGAGAUGUUACUGAACGACCUCAAUACCUUAGAGGAGAAGGCUCAGGAGUCGUUAGAGAAGGCCCAGCUCCAUGCCCUACACGGGGACCAGCUGAUCCAGAGCAACCACUAUGCUGUGGACUCCAUACGGCCCAAGUGUGUGGAGCUCCGACGCAUCUGUGACGACUUCACCAACGAGGCCAAGAAGAAAUACGAUAUCCUCUCCAAAUCAAACCAAAUACACAAAGGCAUAGACAAGGUGAACCAGUGGUGUGAGUCGGGGGUGUAUCUGCUGGCCUCUCAGGCAGUGGACAAGUGCCAGUCCCAGGAUGGGGCUGAGGCAGCGCUGCAGGACAUUGAGAAGUUCCUGGAGACGGCCAAGGAGAACCAACUGAGUGACCUCAAGAACAUCCACAACCAGUAUGAGCUAGUCCUCAACGCUGAAGUCAAGGCCAAUGUAAAGAAGGCUCUAAAAAGGUUGGACGAUGUACAGGAGAUGUUUGAGAAGAGACAGGUCAGUCUGAAGAAGCUGUCGGCCAAACAGACCCGGCCCAUCCAGCCUGUGGCACCCCGGCCUGAGUCCUCUCCCAAUCGCCACGCGCCCUCCAAAACACCCAGGACCACCGGCCCUGCCCCUGCACUCAGUCGAAGGACCUCAGAGAACUCCAGUGCCACAAAGCAGCCCACGGAGGCUGAGCUUGCCAAAAAGAAAAAUUUAAGUCGCAAAGUCAAAGGGAGCCUCAAGAUUGAGGUAAUGCAUGAGGCAAGCCAGGGAGGCUCCAGCCACAUCCUGGUGACGAACGAGACAGAGGAGAGUCUUUCAACCAGGCGGAGACACAUCAUGAAUGAGCUGAUUGAAACUGAGAGGCUGUACGUCGAGGAGCUGCAGAGCAUCAUGGAGGGGUACGCUGCCGAGCUGGACAACACAGAGCUUUCCCCCCUAAUCCCUACAGCACUGGAGAACAAGAAAGAUGUGCUUUUUGGCAAUCUCCCAGAAAUAUAUGAAUUUCACAACAGGACUUUUUUCAAAGAGCUUGAAAAUUGCAUGGAGAGGCCAGAGUUGGUGGGGACUUGCUUUUUGAAAAGGAAAGAAGAGCUGCAGAUCUAUGAGAAAUACUGUCAGAACAAGCCCCGAUCAGAGGCCCUGUGGAGACAGUGUGGUGACAGCCUGUUUUUCCAGGAAUGUCAGAAGAAGCUGGACCACAAACUCUCCCUGGAUGCAUAUUUACUCAAGCCUGUGCAGAGGAUCACCAAGUACCAGCUGAUGCUCAAGGAGAUGCUGAAAUGCAGUAAGAAUCAGGAGGGUACUGCUGAGUUGGAGGAGGCCCUGGCCACCAUGCUGGACAUCAUCAAAUCUGUCAAUGACUCCAUGCAUCAGAUCGCCAUAACAGGAUUUGAGGGAAACCUUAGUGAGCUGGGGAAGCUUCUGAUGCAGGGCUCGUUCAACGUGUGGACGGACCACAAGAAGGGCCACAGCAAGGUGAAGGACCUGGCCCGCUUCAAGCCCAUGCAGAGGCACCUGUUCCUCUACAACAAGAUGCUGCUCUUCUGUAAGAAGCGGGAGGAGACCACGGACGAGAAGCCAUCCCCCUCCUAUAGCUUCAAGCACUCACUAAAGAUGAGUGCCGUGGGAAUCACAGAAAAUGUCAAAGGAGACAUUAAGAAGUUCGAGGUCUGGUAUAAUGGCAGAGAGGAAGUCUAUAUCAUUCAGGCUCCCUCCAUGGAUGUGAAGAACAUGUGGGUGUCAGAGAUCCGAAAAGUUCUGACGGGCCAGCUCGAAGCUUGCAGAGAGGCUAGUCAACUCCAUCAGAAGAUCACUGAGAAUGUGUAUCAUGCUCCCAUGAGAAACAUGCGCAAAAUGGCCCUGAGGCAGUCGGACUCGUCUAGCCCGGAGACAGGCUUCAGGAGGAGCAACCCCAGCCCCAACAUGAGACAGAAACGAGGCUGGACACAACGUUGUUUGCCUUCAAUGGACACAGAGGACUUUGAAACCAUCCAUUCGAGUGCAGAGGAGCUCUCCAACUCUUCGGAUGGUGAGGACCAGUCCAGUAAUAAAAAUGUGGACAAUGAUCGCUUCCGUGUCCAGUUGACGUACGAGUCGAGGACAGCGCAGGACCUGUCUCUGGAGUCAGGAGAUUUAGUACAGUUCCUGGAUCAGGCAGAGAAUGGCCACUGAUAUCUUCAGUGACAUGUGCACAGCAGCUCUGUCUGACUCAGAGGAAAAUGAAACCAGUACGUGGGGAGAUGUAUCUCAGGAAAGUAGAUAAGCAUGAUGGACCAUUUGGCCAUGAACUUCUGGAACAUGCUGUUUGCCCAACUUGGUCAAGUUUCAAAGUGGGGGAGCAAUUUCAGCUGCUGUGCUCAGACAGAGAAAAAGCAAGUCUGAAGUCAAGUCAAUAGUGGUGUAGGUGCCCUCUGUUGUUGCUAUGCUACACUGAAAAUAAGACUUUUGCUCGGGUCAGCUUCUGAGAUUAAAGAAAAUAACUUUUACCACCAUUUUGCCAUGUGUCAAACCCUGUACUUGAUUAGUGCUCUCAAAGAUAUUCUGAUGUGCCUUUGCUGCACACCACACUCCCUCCUGUGGCCUAAUCAAGGGUGUAUUCAUUAUGUCUUGCAACGGAAACCGUUUACCGUUUAAGAACCAAACAGAAACAAACAGAGCAAACAGAAUGAAAUGGGUAGGGAAUUACCUGAAUUUGUCCAAUAGAAACUUUAGUUUUUGUUGGAAAACGUUUUGCAACAGAAUAGGCAUAAUGAAUACACCCCAGGUAACCUUUUGUGAGGAGGGUCAUCCUGAACACAGUGGGCCAGGAAGUACCACCAUGGAAACUGGAGAUUUCUCCAUCGAGGGGGAAUAUGUUUGAUCUAUAGACUUAAUUGGAGACAAGCUUGAUUGUAUUCUUACCUUUUAAAAAUCCUUAAAAUAUAAAUUUCUUCAAACUUUGUUUCGUCCUGCUGAAUUCCUUGCCCGUUCAGUUGUUUUAUAAAUAACUGAGGGAUUUCUCAUUUUGCAAGAGAUAUUAUUAUAUUCCCUGAACAACAUAAAUAGCUCUUUACUUCAUCUUAUGUACACACAUGUAAUAUAUAUUUUUUUUUCACUAGUGUAAAAUUUGUCUAUAACUAUUCUAUAAAUAUCAAUUCCCAACUGAUCAUUAUAUAAGUAUUCAUGCCAUCUUCUUUCAGAUUUUGGCUUGUGCCUCCCCAUUGGAUUCAUCUCAAAUCUACUGUAUGUCCUGGUUGGAAUGUAGUGAAUUCACCCAUGAAAUAGCAUCUUAUGGUUGAUUAUGAUUACAGGCAUUGAACAUAGCAUUGAACUUAUUCUAACAAUGCACUAUCAUUGUAAUGAAAAUAUUCAAAUUUUACUGUACAGAAUAUUUAUUGCUAUACGCUAUGUUCCCAAUAUAUAAUGUUUUACUAUUAUACAUAUUUAAGAACUAGCUAAGAGCCAUCAUAUGACUCAUAUGAUCCUUCAACAGUUUAUCAUCUGACUUUUGUAUAAAUAUCAGUGUUUCUAAGCCAUAGAAUGGCAUUGAAUGCCCCAGAUAUUAUAUAACAUACCUGAGAUUGUCUACGGCCACAGUAUAGCAAUCUUGUAAUAUAAAGAGCCUCAAAAAGCUGUAUUGCUACUGCAAACAUUUUUGUAUUUAUUUAUUUGACUUUUAUAUCCAGGUUAGUCAUUGAGAAGCAAUUAUUUUUCACAAUAACAACAUAUUAUUCAAUGAACUUGUCGCAUCAUCUCAAUGUGAUUAAAUCUUCUCUGAAUAUGACCGUCAAGGAACAUUUCAACAGUGUUUUAACAAUUUGGUGUGUUUUAAGAAUUGGAAGACACUGAAAGUUAUCAGCACAUUCUCAAAGGGACUGAAGACAGAGGAAACUCUUGAUGCAGUGUGGUAAAUCCUGGUGAUGGAAUGUGAAGAAGAGGUCUGGACCUUUGCAAAAAAAUAUCUAAGACGUUAUGAAAUUCAGUCAAAAGGCAAUGAAUUCCCACAAAGAAGCUGCCUUUUUAGACAGGUUUUUGACUCAAUUGUGAUGAUUUAAGGCUGUGUUAAAAUGAAAUGUCAUUAUUUACGGUGAAAUCAGAAUAAAUCUGUGACUGUUUUUAUGGACCAUGCCA